AUGGCGUCUAGUUACGACGUAUUGUCCCAAGAUGGAGAAGCUACUGGUUUCCAAGGAGCUAUCAAAAAUGACCACCAGCAAUCGGACGAGUCUGAAGCCCAAAAAAUGAGCGGUAUAUGGCGCAUUCAUUGGCAGUCUCCAACAUCGAUGAUCGGCUUGUUCUUAGGGGCUACUGGCGCGGCUGUUGCUCACCACUUGUACUAUGAUAGUAUAGAUGGGUCAGAAGUUGUAAUUGUACAAGACGAAUGGACUCUACAGGCUGUGCGCAAUAGUCAAGAAUGGAAACUGCGAUUCGGGGCGGGACUCGCAUUCCUGGCCAAGGCCAUGUUCGCUGCCUCUGCCAUUGUUGCUUAUGAACAGCGAGCUUGGCUCACGGCUAGAAACAAAGCUAUUACGGUCGCCGGCCUAGAUGCAAUGUUUUCAGCAGCUCAGAGCCCUCUGAGUUUCUUCAGUUGGGACUUUUUGCGUAAAGCUAAAGCGGGAGCUAUCAUGGCCCUUCUUGCAUGGUGUAUCCCACUUGCAGCUGUCAUCACUCCUGGCACACUCGUGGUAGUACCUACAACUCUAUCAGCUUCCAAGUCUUUCCCCGUUCCUGUCGUCAACUUCUCUCAGGUUCAGCCUCUUUACGACUUUUAUUCCAGUGUCAUUGGAUAUGAUGAUCAAUCAACUAGUAAUGGAAUCACUCCAUAUUUAUCACGUCUUGUUUCGUCAACAGCCACCUCAUCACAAAUAUUGCCUAUGAAUAUUGGCAUUGCUAAUUCGACAUAUAAUUUGACCUUUCACGGCCCGUCUUUCCGCUGCCAAGAGUCAUCUCCAGUGAUAGCAGAAGCUAUUUAUUUGACUGUCAAUGCUACAUGGUUUAUGUUUGGUAAUGGUGGAUUCAACUCAACCAUUGACCCACGGGAAUUACCCUCCAUGGCCUGGCUAGCAUUUACACCGCCUACUACAAUACUGUCCAUAGUAGCCGAUUCAAAAAUCACGCCACUCCGAAACCAGUGGAAUUAUUUUCUAGCUUUCGUAUUUUCGUGUAUUACACAGCCGGCUAUGUGGCAGGAAACCCUUCCAGACUUGGGGUCUCUGCCCCUCUGCGAGGGCAUCACGGGUUCAUAUGAGGGAGGUCCAAAUAUAGUUCCUCUACAAAAUGUAACAUCCGUGGAAUAUGGACAAUACAACCAUGGCAGGCUCUGGGUUUGGGCUCAAAAUAUCACGUACGAUUGUGUUUUAACCGACACCGAAUAUAGCACGCGCUUCUUCUACUCUACAUCCGAGCAAGCGCAGCGUAUUGACCCCGAAUACAGCUUCAAGUGGACUGAAGAAGACUUAUAUGGCAGCUAUUUCUACCUUGCCGAUGCACUUGCAAAUCUGCUUGGAGGGGCUGUGCGCGUCGUUGGGAAAGGCAUCAUGGCAUACAAAACACGAGUUAUAGACACAGGCAUUUUUGGUGCUCUGAAGGCUGAGUCAACGAACAAUGCUAGUUCUGGCCUCUUGCCCAAAUUGCUAGCACAGGACUCAAGAGCUUUGGCCCGGAACAAGACUGUGGGCGAGCUCAUAGAGGAACUUUCGCGAAACAUCACGUUGAGUGUGUUCAGUCUCGAUCAGAUGCUAAUCCAAAACGACACAAUGGUCAAAGUUUCCUCUGAUGUCAAUGUCUACUCAUAUAACCGAAGAGUUCUCAUCAUCACAUACGCCGUCGUCUUUCUUGGCACGUUGAUUGCGUUGCUCAUCGGAGGUGUUGCUUAUUUCAAAAACGGCGUCAGCCACGAAGUGUCCUUUUCAGCAUUCAUGUCAACAACGAGAAAUUAUCGGUUAGACGAGAUAACAGUAGGAAGCUCCAUGGGCGCCAUGCCGCUAAGGGAUUCUAUUCGGUCAACAAAACUUCGAUUUGGGGUCUUGCGGGAUGCUGACGGAGAGGCCGACAGAGAGGAAGCAAUGCGAAGAGUGGGAUUUGGCCUCCCCGAUCAGAUUGUGCCGCUGCAAAAAGGAGUUCCUUAUUAUUAG